GCACCAAAAGCGCCACCUCCCAGCUUAGUUCAGGGUAGCCAGGCCAAGAGGUUGGCUGCUCAGAAAGCUCAGGCCAAGCGCAAAGGCCAGAAAGGGAUCAAGUGGGGCCAGAUGUCUGGGGCCAACUCCCAGAAUUUUCAGCUCCCUCCAUUCAUCCAACAGCUUGGUGCUCAAGAAAACGAGCGAUCGGUCUUGGUGGUGGACAGCCGUGACAAACGGAUCCGGUCGCCGUUCCAAGGCUGGCUGUUAGAUGAGAUCCUGCUGAAUGCCCAGUGCGGGAUCAACGUGCUGUCUGAUGGGAAGUUGAUCAGAUCCCCAAAUUCUGGAUACCAUAUGAACGUGUUCUACGUCAGGACGCUUGACGGCUUCAAGUUCAUCCUGGUCGGCUGCAUGACAUCAUACGGCACAGUUCCAUGCGCAAAGUGGGAUGCCCCUACUGGCGCCGUUAUGGCUCAUCCGGCUUUUCAGCCGUUCCGUUGGCCUAUGAUGACCAACGAGAGUGCGACGUGGGUCGACGUGAAGUUCAAAGUAGAGGGUGAGUUGCUCCUGCACCUCGAGCUCCGAGGGUACCGCUCGGAUGAGGAUAUGACAGUUCAAAUGAAUUACCUGAACGAUGCCUUGAUCAGGAACAUGAACUCAACACUGUUCAUUCCCUCCAUGGUGGUCACCAUUUUUCAGGGCUGGAGAGUGAUCGCAACAUCGUUUGAAGUGGGCGGUCGCCUGUAUGCCUGCAGUGAUGGGGGCGUGGUCGUUGCCAUGGACUACCCCUUGUGUCACUUUGAAGUGAGGAUCACAGCAACGUCAUCGGCAGACUCGAUCGGACUUGAUGCUGACCGAUUGGAGUUCAGGUUUCGCUCUGCAGGUGACUCCGUCGACGUGCGCUGCUCGCAGAUUAUGGUGCCAUCGACGUGGUUGGUUGUGUCCAGGGUUUCUGGACCGACUCUGAUCAAGAAUGCCCGCUGGUGCCGCGAACACUUUGCUCGCAUCGAAGGGCCUGAUCAGACUAUGCAGCUCUCUCAACUUGCAGGGAUCCAUGCUCAUUGGACAGCUGCUGUGGAGGCGGCAUCGAUCGAUGAGACCGGCCCCAGGAUCGGCGAAGUGGCAGUCAACACUCACCCUGCCAACUUACAUUUGACAUGUGAGUCGCCGCUCUUCAGGUCUGAGUUGAAGAUCGUGCCGAAGACUGCUUUGGCGCUGCAAGCUCAUGAUGUUGAACAAGAGCAGAGCACGGCAGUUCUGCCGCCUGUGACAGGGGCCGUCGGUGGUGCCCCUGGCCUCGGCUCCGGGCCGUUUGCGAGGUCGCUCGAGACACGGAGAGCGGAAGCGAUGGCUCCAGCCACUGUGACUCCACAGGCCUUCCUUGAUCACGUUGACACCGCCGUUUCUGGAUACCAUCAUCCGGCAGCGGCCCCAAAGUCAUUUGGACCGGCUCCUGUGGUCGAAGAGAUUUUGGCCCUGCCUGUGUUUUCUGAUGAUUUCGCACAGGCCAUAUUGGCCUCGCAGUACUCGAACCUGGCUUUGAUCGCCGCGAUGGAGGUGCGGUCAGCGCCAGAGUUUGUGGUCCAAGUUCAUGAGUGGGAGGCAUCGCUUGAUCCAGAUGCUCGUGACAUUAUCCUGGGGAAUGGGUUCAUGCUUGAGCAGUACUGGAGCCUGGCCAGUGCGAUCGAGAAGGCGUAUUUUGCCUCCACAGCCAACCAACUAGGGUUUGGGCUGUGCGACCCAGUGACUGUUGCUCUGAGCGCUGAGGCGGCCGAGGCUCGCCGCAAGUUGGCCAUGAAGUCGCUCGUCUCUAAGCCUCAACAGCCCCCUAGGAAGCUCUUGAAAAAGGACUCCAAUGACUCGUCGGCCACCCCACUGUUGGACCAAGAGAAUGCCGCCAAGCUCAAAUGGUCCAACAAGUUGGAGGAGAUCGGCAAGCGGGCAGGGGUCUUCUCAAAGUUGCUCCAGGACACUUCAAAUGGUGAGGGCUUAUCAGCAGCAGAGACUGCUCGGCUGCGACAGUUAGUCCUCUCAUCUGGUGCUCCUAGGACGAUGGCAGCUCAUAUCUCAGCUUGGGAAAGGUUCGAAGAUUGGGCAACGGCAGAAGGCCUUUGCGUGUUCCCGCUGACCCAUGACAAGCUGCUCAAGUAUGCCUUGGCCCUCGAUCAGAAAGAGUGUGGGCCCUCUGUGCUGCCGUCAUUUCGCACGUCCGUCAGGUGGGUCACUUCGAAGCUCGCCAUCGAGUGUCCUGAUCUGGCUCAUCCUGCUCUGCUGGCUGUUCAAUCGGACAUCACCCAGAAAAGGGCCACCACGUUGAAAGAGGCGGUUCCCUUCUCUAUCGAGCUCGUGGGCUGCCUUGAGAUGUUCGUAUGUGACAAGCUGGAACCAGCGCCUGCUCGCCUUUUCAUAUGGUGGUGGCUCUGCAUGGUCUUUGCGUCGCUGAGGUUCGACGAUGCCAUGCAUGUGAAGCCCAUGGAGCUGCUCAUGUCCGAGGAGGGCUUGUUCGGCGUGGCGUGGCAGACGAAGGUCGAGCGCCGUCGUCGCGGAACCAAGUUCGUGGUGCCCCACGUUGGCUUCAAAGAGUCGAAGUGGCUUGAAGAGGGCUGGAACUUGUUUAGUUCAGAAGACUUGGAGCGCGACUACUGGAUGCGUGAGCUCAACACCAGGGAGGAGUUCAAGAACUCCCCGGCUUCCUACCAGAGGUCUCUUCAGUGGCUCAAGUUCCUGGCCAAGUAUGCUCUGAACCAGAAGUUCGAGGGCCCAGAGGUGCGGUUGAAGGAGCUGAUCAGCACCCUGUCAUCGCUGACAGCCCAUUCCGCUCGUGUGACUCUGCUGGACGCAGCUGUUCAUGCAGGUCGCUCGACGGAAGAAAUUGGCUUGCAGGCCAAUUGGAAGAACCCGGGCCCCUUGGUGCUCAAAUACACACGGAAUCGGACUAGCGUACCGGCUCAGAUGGUGCGCCAGCUCGUGAAAGACAUGGUCGAGCAGGAACACCCGUUCGAGGCCCCAGCUGACGCAGUCCUCGAUGAAGUCGACCUCUGUGCUCUAGACGAGGUGAUAUUCUUCGUCAAGACGCAAGGGUCACGAGCGUCCCAUGACUAUCGCUACCACUGCCUGCAGGUGGAUGAUGAUCAAGUGAUGGCAUGCGGUCGCAUUCGCCUUGAAGAUUGCACCGAAGUGGGCUCUACACUGCCGGAUGUCUCAGUGCUCUGCAAGCAUUGUGCACGAGUUCGGCCAGAGGUGGCGUCCAGGUGCUUCUCAGCUCGUCGAGCUUGGGCUCUGAGCGGUCAUCAAUCCAUAACCAUGGUCGAUCGCACCAACUAUGACAUUGACAAGACGCCCGAAUUGCCUUUGAGACAGAUCCUUGGGCGGCAACGGGUGCCCACGGAGCUGUGCAAGCUCGCUGCUGAUUCGGGUUUGUUGACUGUUGAGACCUUUGCCAUGCUCGGCGACACCAUUCAUGCGGUGAAGGCUGCUCUGCGCACCAUUGUGGCUGAUAACAAUCGGCUUGGUGCUGACGCUCCAGCGCAAGAGCUUGCCCUGACCAACUUGGCUGCGGUCUGGAAGACAUGCUCAACAAUGCAGGAUCAUUUUGCAGCCAGAAGAGCAAAGAUGGAGGAGGAUCCGUCCAAAGUCCCAGAAAUCCCAGGGGAGGAUCACGCUGAGUUUCGCGAUACGUUUGUCGCUCGACACCCGGACGUCCUCCUCCCUCUUCAUCGAGAACCUCACCGCAAGUUCGUUGAGCGGGUUCAGCGCGACUAUUUGGUCCAUGGCUUUGUGCAUUUCUACGAGGUGGGCGAGAUCCGCACCCGCAAUGAACAGAUCGCUCAGAAGUCAGGCAUCAGCAAGAAUGCUGAAGAUCUCCUGAGGGUGGUGAUGGUAGAUCAACCCACUUCAGCGAGCUCCGAGACGCAGGUCAUGGACAAGCUCCACGCCUUUUUCAUUACGCUGGAGUAUCUCAACAUUUGCGAGUUCUCGUUCGCUGCUGGCCCCCUCAAGUAUUUGGCAGAGCUCGAGGAAUGGCGGCACGAGAACCGUGGUCUUGCUUUGCUUUUGACUGUGGACACGCUCAUCCGGAAGAAAGUACAUCGUGUCAGCUCUGACCAGAGGAAGAAGUUCACCACUUUCUCGGCGGCAUUGCUAGAGGUGCUCACCCACCACAAGCAGCUCUGGAAUGAUGCCAGGUCCAGCGCGGAGCUCGACAAGUUCAAGCAGGCGCUCAACACCGGUGCUCCGAGCACCCCAGUGCGCAAGCGCUCGAGGUCCAGAUCUGGGUCGGCAAUCAAGACUUCGCCCAAAGCUCGCAAGAACAAGCAGAGAAGAGCUCGGCAGAAGGCCACUUUGCAGAGGGCCAAGGUGGCCCUAGCGGCUCAGAAGGGCAACAGCUCGGAGGCCCCGAAGCAGGCAGCUCGUGAUGAGCGCGUUCCCGCAAAAGAGUGGCAGAGGCUCAUUUCCUUCAAGUACUCGGGCCCCAAGCGCUGUCCUUUCUACAACUGCUCAUUGGGCUGCCAUUGGCUUCUGGAUCCAGCAGAGCCCAGUGAUGGUCCCCAGACGAAGAGUCGUUCGGACCGGAGAGGCGAGGCCGCCCUUGCCGUCUCUGCAUUUCAGUGGAGCCCACCUCACUUUAGGCCUGAAGUUUUGCCCGAAUCAGGCCCCUUUUUCCUUGAAUUGUUUGCGGGCAAGGCAGGCAUCUCAGAUGCUGUUCGUCUUGCUGGAGUUCAAGCCCUGCCUCCCGUGGACAUUGUGUUGUCAGAGUCAGUACCUGUCUCAGUGGAUGUGGUGGAUCUCACAAUGUGGCAUCGCAUCAUGUUCGUGCUCAAGCUGGGUAUCGUGCUCUUUUUGCACUGCGGCACUCCGUGCAACACUUUUACCUCAGCCCGAAAGCUCGAUGGCGACCCCCCGCCACUGCGCUCGGCAGCUGAGCCGCUUGGCCUGCCGAGCUUGUCAGCAGACAAUGAGGCACUGGUCAUGCUUGUACGGCAAUUGAUCCACGAGACUCGUGCGCUCGGGCUGGAUUUUGACCAGUGUGCAUUUGGUGCUCCUUCCCUCAAGCCAACGCGCCUUCUGUGCUCGACCGAUCUGCUCGACGAUGUGUGCAUGCAUUGCCCUGGCGGUCACCAGCAUGUCAAGCUCAAAGGCAAAGUUUGGGAUCCUGUGCAGCAGCGGAUGGUUUUUCGCACUAAACAGGCUCAAGUCUAUCCUUGGGCGUUGUGCGCUACUGUGGCGACGGCGGUCUCGGAGUUGCUCACCAACCCGCUUGCGCACUUUUUCGCUUCAUUUCAACUGCAGACUCCGGCUGGUGAUCGCAAGCGUGCCCUGGGGUCAAGCAAGCAAUGGCCCGGGCACCGCCAAGCUGAGUCGGCAGCCAAGGCACAGCUCGCUGGCUAUCAGCUCAAGCGUGGGGCCGCUAAGCCGCUCUUGGAGUUUGAGAUGGAGCCGGGGGAAGCCAUUCGUGUCGCUCUCCAAGUGGUUCACCCCUUCACUGCGGAGGUCAUGCUGCCUGAAGCCUCUGCUCAGGCUCUUGCUCAACUACAACGUCCUGCUGCGGUUGUCCUUGCAGAGCGCCAGCGGCUCCUGGCGUUCUGGAAGCAGCGCGCCUUGGAGCUCCUGCCUCGCUCUAUUGCUCGGAUCCGCCAACAGCCAGAUCCAGCUCUGCGGCGUUUGCUUUUAGGUUGUCAUGAUCACGAAGCGCCUCAGCUUGGUCAAGUUUGCCAUGUGGAGCUCUAUGCGGAGAUGCUGGCAGCAUGCAACUCUGUGGAUCAUGACCUUCCGCAGCAUUUAUUGCACGGUUUUCCGAUCGUGGGGCCCAUCGCCGCCACCGGUCGAUGGCCACCAUAUUCGAAGCCUCAAAAAGAUCUACCAGUUCAAGCAGCUCUAGACCGGGCCUGGGCUCUCCGGCGGAAGAUUGUCUCUCGUGUGAAAGGUGUGCCAGUCUCUGAAAAUUUGAAGAAGAUCUGGCAAGCCUCGAUCGAGGACGUAGAAGAAGGCUCUUGCUUGGGCCCUUUUUCGUCGGAGGCCCAAGUCUCUGAAUGUCUGGGUUGCGAAGAUUGGAUCCCAACACAGCGCUUUGAGGUCGUUCAAAAGAACAAGGUGCGUGGUUGCGACAGUGCUACGACAAACAUGAUCAACCAAGUGACCAAGAUCACUGAGAAGCUCCAACUGCCGUCUACUGACAUGAAUGUGGCAGUACUUAGGCUCCUGAGGAAAGUUGCGCCAGACGAGGCGAUCCUAGGUUGGGUCUUGGACGAGAGGAAAGCCUAUCGUCAAGUCGCUGUACGACCUGAUCAUAGGAAGUUCUCUGUCAUCUGCCUGAAGGAUCCUACGUCUGGGCUCCCAAGUUUCUUUGUCAUGGUAGGGCACUCAUUUGGGUUGGUGUCUGCGGUGUACAAUUACAAUCGCCGGUCGGCGGCCAUCAACGAGUUUCUGGUCUCUAUUUUUGGUCUGGUUGCUUUUAGCUUCUACGACGACAAGUACGGAUUUGAGCCAGCUACAACAGCUGGCUGUGCUCGUGAAGUGGCAGAGAAAGUGCAUGAAUGGCUCGGAGCGAGGUUUGAUCAGAAGAAACUGCAGCUCUCGAGCGCCCCGACUAUUCUGGGAGUGACCUACAACCUGGAAGCCAUGCAGCUUGAGAUCAAGAAGGAACGUCGGGAAGAGAUCUCUUCCGAGAUUGACGCUAUCCUUCUGUCAGGGCUUCUGGAUCCUGGCUCUGCGGGGAAGCUGAAAGGAAAGCUCAUGUUUGGUGCAUCUCAGUUGUGGGGGAAAGUCGGCAGGGCUUUCUUGCGCGUGAUCUCUGAACGACAGUACCUGCGCUUUCCCAUCAAGAAUGAGUUCAAGCUGGAUGCGCCUUUGACAGAAGCUCUGAAGCAGUGGAAGAAGCUCGUCAAUGAAGGGCCGCCAAGACCAAUCGAGAUGGCAUGCUCAAAACCAGCGGAUCUGGUCAUUUUCACGGAUGGCUUCACUCCUGAUCCUCGCCCUUCAGAAACUUUACCCGAUGGUGUCGGGGCAGUCAUGUUUGAUAGGAGAUUGAGGCAGCCUGUUCAGUUUUCUGCUACGGUCCCAGUUGAGAUCAAGAAGCGUUGGCUCCAGCGCACCACCCAGAUUGUCCCAGUGGAGAUGAUCGCGACUGUGCUUGCCCUGGAGACUUUUGCGGAGCGCGUUCGCGGAGCCGAUGUCAUCUUGCUCAUAGAUUCUGAGGCGGUCGAAGGCUCCUUAGUGAAAGGCUAUUCUAGUAGGGAUGAUCUUUGCAGAAUUAUUUCGUUGUUUUGGGACUUAGCUUUUCAAUUAAGAGUUCGCAUCUUCAUCCACCGUGUGUCGACAGAUGCCAAUCCGGCUGAUUGGCCAUCAAGAGAUAAGCUCUUUUUAGGGGAAGCAGUUGGAUGGCGUACUGUCCAAGCAUCUUGGCCAUCCUCACUGUUCGAGUGA